AUGUCGAAAUUAUGGAGCGAAUUUGAAAUCAGCUUCCAGAAAUGGCUGAGAGCGAUGGCUUCGUUAGGUGGGAGUAAAAAUUUUAGAUGUUAUAUUGUUUUAGGGUCUCUAUCACACAUCAUAAAAUAUCUUGGCCUAAAUCAUGUCAGUGUCACUGAAAAUCCUCGACUUUUCCAAUUGGUACCAAAGAAGUACGUUAGAUUAAUGUAGUUUAAGUAGUUUUUAGCAAAGUCAUUGGCUUUGUUUGCGUCUCCAAGAACGAAAUCGAUCUCGGGAAAGGAAAGGUCGAAUCUAAUUGUUUUCUACCAGUUGUAAGUUUGGAUACUCUUGUUUUAUGUUUAGAAUGUUGAGAAUGCGGACUUGAGCAUUGGAUUGUUGAAUAUUCUGCUUGGAUCGUUCGGGCGGUCUGGAUUGGGACCAAUUUUGGAAGAGUAUUCAAGUGAUUUUGAUAUCCACAGCUAUGUUAAUGUAAGUGAACUAUUUCUUGAUAUUGAUUAUGGUUUUCAGUGCUUUCGUCCUCAGAUUAUAACUCCCGUUGCCUUUGCGCAUAACUUCACAGCCCGGUGAGCCUUAGUUUUUUUUAUGUUUACCUAGUUUUAGGCAAUUCCCAUUAGAUGAUGAAGAACAAUAUGUCAAUUUUAUACUGGCUAAGGGCGGGAUAAAUUUUCUGAUAAAUCGAGAUGGAUCGAAGACUGAGUUGAAGAAGAUGGAACCUGAAAAAAUGUUCUCAUUUUUGAAGUCCAAGCAUUCUGAUGUUUAUAUUGUUUUUGAAGACGUUUUGAAAGAGAAAUCUGAUGCUCUGGAACUGGAAAAACAAGUCAUUAGUGAAUUGAGGGAAGCUCCAGCGAAUCAGUCUCUCUAUGAUCCUGAUAUGACAUUUGAGGACCUCAGUGACAUGGAGAAAUUGGCCAAAGAAUUGGAAAUGGCCGAACAAUUCGAGCUCAGCUUCUCUGAUGGGCAAAAGGUAAGGUACACUUAUGUGUGUCUUGAUUUUAGGAAAGUAAACGUCAUGAGGAGUCAGAAAACGAGACGAAAAUCAAGAAAUGCGAAGAAAGGAUCCUGGAAUUACAGAAGGCAAUAGCUGAGAUCAAGAUGAUGUAGGUAUCCAAUAUCAAGUGUAAUUUUCUUUUCAGAGUUCCCAUUACGUACUCUGAAGUAUAUGAUACGAAGACUUUAUACACUCACAAGGAUUAUCUCGAGUUUUUGCAGUUUUACAAGAGGACUGGGGUUAUUGUACGGCGAUUUUUAUUAUUUUUCGUCAUGGUUUUUAGAUUUAUUUUGGAUUUCUUUAGAAGACUCCUCAAAUAUUACGACACACAGGUGUUGGGAAGAGUCCUAUGAGCAUGAUCAGGAAGAGAAAACGGCAUGCAUCAGGAUCGUCGGUGUUCUCUGACUUGUCAAAUGUGUCUGAAUCUACUGUAAGGUCAAAUAAUACUUUAAAUCAAUCAGCUCGAAUGUCAUCAUCGAGCACUCCCAAGUCACGUAUUUCCGUUGGUGUGGUAUCAAAGAAGAUGA